AUGCCUCGCAAAAAGAUUGCCAAGAAAACAAACACUUCUGGUCCUGACGCCGCGACCACCAUUGAUUCAAGCAACCAACUGAGUGUUGUUUUGCUGGAUGACACUGCCGGCAUCCGACGGUUUGCUAAUGACGUGUCUGUCGUGAGUCGCGAUCUGGAUCAAGUCCUAACAACUUUAAAAACAAAACUCCAGAUUACCACACACGCAGCGCCGAAGAGAUUUAUCUCUGCCGUAGAACGCCUACCUGUGGAAAGUCUCUCAAAGAUAUUCAUCUUGACCCGACCUCGACCGAAGAUUGAACAUAUCGAUCAUUACUUUGGCACUCUCGACGAGGGGUUUGGUGUAUCUUUUAACGCAUCACAGGUCUGUAGGCGCUGGAGAAGUAUUGCGCUCGAUCUCCCACGCCUGUGGACCCCUAUACAUCUUAUCGGGUCUCAGGCAACAUUGAAAAGCAAGUUAGAGCCGCAGCUCACGAUGCUCUCAAGAACCGCGUCCUUACCCGUCUACCUUGUUGUGGGCAUUCCCUCGGUCAAUGUUCAAUUCUUAAACCGAUGCGAGAAAGGUCUUCUAUCGACCUUCGAGGAACGCUGCAAAGGGAUAGACAUAUACGCCGUGCAAGACAAGAAAAAGAACACCGUCUCUUUCCCGUAUACAAAGAUACGAGGGCUUCUUUCUCGGUUCGACAAAGUGGAGAAGCUCAUGCUCAUAGGUUUCGACUUUGACACCGAUCUGACAGCUCCAUUUACGAGCUGGCGCAACCUCACACACCUUCACGUACGACUGUGUUCCCAGAACAGCGUCCAAGUGUUUUGCUCCUUUUCCAUCCCUCGCUUGAACGUGCUGGUCCUUGAGCUGGAUCGAGGGACGAUUCUUCCGGAUCUAGCGUCGAUUUCAUACAGCUAUCCUAACCUCACGGAUUUCUUCAUAUGUGGUCAAUUCAGCCAGCGAUCAGAGCCGCUCUACCAUUCGCAGAUCGAACGACUUGCCGUCAUUCGCGCUGGUGCCCGCGGAUGCUCAUUCCUACUGGACACAGCCAUCGUUCCCUCCCUUACGGAGCUCGCCGUCUCUUUUGACAGCAACACGGAAAACCUCGUGGCCGGACUGGUAUCGCGUUCAGAAUGCCGCCUCCGUCGACUAGGACUUGCCAGCUACGCUCUCAUGGUGGAUGGUAGUGGGGAAGAGCGAUGCACUCAGAUUAGUGAAAGGCUCGCUGUCCCGAUCGUCGAAUGCGACGCCGACUGGUGCACCAUGAAGAUGAUGAGAGACCUGAAGACGCGAUGGUAUGAGCAGGAGUACGUUAUGUCUCCCUACAGCUAG